AUGACUGACUACAAUUUGGAAGAUUUUAAACUCUGGCUCAAUAAGGAAAGGAACUCCCAAGGAAAAUAUUUCCAAGGUAUAAAUCCAGAACCACCCGAAGGAACCCCAAUUAAAAGCGGAGUUUUUGCCGAAAUAUUUCCCGAAAGUGCUUUUAGUAAUAAUAUUAAAAGUGUAGAAACCAGAAUUAAUAAUACUGAUUAUCGCCUAAUUGAAAUACCAGGAAUUAACAACCCAAAUAUUUCUGAACUAACUCAGCAAAUAGUCAACGCGGUUGAUUUAACAAAAGGCAAAAUAAGUCAAAUAUUAUUUACCGUUGACGGGAGAAUUACCCCCGAAGUUCAAGAAGCCUAUGAAUUAAUUUCGUCAGUGGCUUUUGCCGAAGAUAUUGGCGAAUUUAUUAGUAUUAUUUGCACUAAAUACAGCAAUUUUGAAGACGAAGAAGCUUGCCAAGCUGAAAUAAAUCUUUUAAAAAAUCCUGAAAACCCACAAAUAGCCGCCAUGUUUAAAAAUUGUCGAGAAAUUGUUCAUGUUAAUAAUCCGUCUUUAUCUGGUCAGAAUGUGGAACCUAACCAAGAAGUCCGCCAACUAUCCCGGGAAAAGUUAAUUGCCAGUUUAAAAAAAUGCCAAGAUAAUUAUCAAGUAACUAAUUUGGAGCAAUUACCAGAAAGAAUAGAAAAAUAUUUAAUAAAAAAAGCCCAAGCAAGAGAAGAAGAGCGGCGGAUUUUAGAAGAAACUGCGAAAGCCAAAGCCAACCAAGAGGAAGCUGAAAGGAAGAAGCAGGAACUAGAAAAUAAGUGA